AUGGAACCCCGAGCUCGUAUGACGGCGAGCCCACAGCCUAUCGAUCCUGCGCUCUAUCGCCCGGUGGCGCCACCAUCCCGCAUCACCAGGGGCUACAGCGAGACCGACGAGAUCACGAACAGGAUCGUCGCACUCCAGCGCCAGCAAGCCCCGCCACCCACCCAGCGCGUGCGCCAAGGCUCGACUAGCAGCCAACGCAACACACAUACCCACCGGCGUGAGCCGCCGCCGCCACCACUACCUCCACCACCACACCACAGCUCGUCCUCAUCGAGACCCCGCACGCGUGACGAUGGACGCCGACAGAAGGUAAACGACUUUGACCGCGGGCUUGUGGCGCACACAUCGCGCCAGCUGUACGAUCCGUCCAAAUCCCACGUAAUACCCCGCUCUCCCGUCCGGCCCUACCGCGAAGUCUCGACCACCGCACCGCCACCGAUCCCUGUAUCGUCCCCCAAGCAAUCCCACAAAGAACGGCGCGAUAUUGUGUCCUCGUCUCGGAGGGCUCUCUUCGACCCCGAUGCCCCUUCAAUCCCAACUGCACCCAGGCGACCAGCAGCCGAUGACGCCCGCGCAGUCCGCCACCACGAUGACCCAGGUCCAUCGACGCACAAGCUGUUCGAUCCUGCUGUCCAUGACCCCGUGACCUUCAACGCACCCAUUGUACCACCGCCACCCGUGCCGCAGGACACGCUCUCGGUACCAGAGCGCCCCUCAAUAUUGCGUCGCACUUCGGCAAAGGUGCGCUCGCCGGAGGAGGAGGCCGACCUCGCGCGUGAGCGUGAGCGUCGUCGCCGCCAUCGCAGCGAACAAGGCAGCGUUCACACGAGCCAGCGCAAGGAGUCGGACACGCGCAGUCGAGGAAGCAGCGGGAGCCAGGGAAGCGCCAGCUUGAAGGACCGCGAGCGCGGUCAGGGGCAAGUUGACUCUGGCGCCAAGGAACUUCUGAGAAGCGCCUACAAAGAGAUCGGCGCAUUGGAGCAGACGCUCAUCGACAUGCAUCGAAAGAUGCAGAAGGAUCCAGAAGCUGGCAUUACCGUGUUAAUGGACAACCCGAAGGCGACACAGGCCAACGGCGCGUCCAACGAGAGCAUGGCGUGGGCGGAGCUCAUCUCCAUGCACAAGGAGCUCGCCAACCUGCACUCCAACUUCCUCAAGCUCGCUCUUGACCCCAAGUCGCCACGUGACUUACGGCCGUUACCAGGCAGGCACAACAUCCCUGUCCGGCUAUGGCAAACUGGUUAUCUUGCCAUUCUCGAGAGACUGCGGUUUGCGUGGAUAUCGCAGAAGAGUGUUAUUGCCCUCGACCUCCUCACCGACUUCAUCUACGACGCGUACCACUCGUAUGCAGAGCUAUUCGGGGACAAUGGUAUGGCCGCGUUCCGCGCCGCAUGGAUUGAGGCACUUGGCGACCUCGCACGCUACCGAAUGGCAGUGGCCGCGAGGGAAUCAGAGGCGCCGAGGCCUAAGCGCUCGACAGACGCACGCAUCGACGACGACGACGAUGAGCCUCUGCUCGAAACCGCCAGCAUCGGUCAGGAGGUUGCCGACAACUGGACCGUUUCAGAUAAGGAAACAUGGAGAACGAUGGCGCGCGACUGGUACGCCAUGGGCAUCUCCGAGAAGCCCGGUGAGGGGCGGCUGCACAACCACCUUGCUCUCCUGUGCCGUGACAUGCGCGGACAGGAGCCUCGCGCGCUGUACCACUUUGCCAAGAGCCUUGCAGCGUCACACCCUUUCAAGGCGUCCCGUGAAGCUGUGUUAACGCUCUUCGACUCGGCUGCCCAGUUCCAACGAUCGACGCCUGAGGCGACGGCCAUGGACCUAUUCGUCCGCCUGCACGGCAUGCUGUUCACGCGCAUCGAGCUCGACGAUUUUGAGCACGUCAUGAGCCGAUUCAUGGAGCGACUCGAGGAGGACGCUAGCCUCGACGGCGUGAGCCGCAAGGCGUGCGUCACGCAGGUCGACUGGCUGUUUAUGGGCGUUGUCAACAUUGUCGCCAUGCUGCAGUACGGCUCGGAGGACGGCAUCAUCCGCAAAGGAUGGGCGCAGGAGAGCGCUGCGCGCCGCCGCCAGGCCGGUGUGGUGGAGGAGAACGGUGAGGUUGACGACGAGGGAUUGGAUAACGACGAUGACGGCCAAGGCCAGCAACCCCAGACGCCGCCCAUCUCCCGUCCCGACUCGCCCGCCCCGCCGAGUUUCACCAACGCGCUGCACCUCACGUUUGCCAUCCUCGAGUUCACGUUCGCCCGUCCCUUCCGCCAGCAGGGACUGCACCAGGUGCUCAACCCGUACAUCUCCAUCAUGUUCACAUUCUUGGCGACCAUAUUCCGCAACCCUGUGGCUGGAGCGGCGUUAACGACCUACGUGCCUUGGCGCGGCCUGGUCGAGAUUGUCAACUCUCUUCGGCUAGAAGUAUCCGAAGAGACUCGUCUGGUGAACGGCGUCCCGUUGCCCGAGGACUGGGUGAUCCGUGGCAUGGAGUGGGUCGGUCGACGCGUAUUUGAACGUGGAUUCUGGAAGACCAAAUCGAACUCUCGCAGCUCGAACGGUGGCCCAGCUAUUCCGCGCGUGGGCGAGCGCUUCAACAGCGAGAUGGAUGUUCUGCUGGCGAACUUUGACGCGGCGAUCGACAUUACCGAGGGCGUCGUCGAUGAGGUCGAUGGCGCAGACCUAACGGACGGGCCCGUUGCUGUUAACGACCGCCGCCGCCGUCGUGUUGCAUGGGCGGCCGGUACCUUGGUGUCCAACGUGGACGGGCUCGAGCUCGAGGACGGCAAGGUCGUCAUUCGUGGUUUCCUUGCGGCAGCCAUCGACGCCGAGGAGGCGCGUAAGACUCGUGAGCGCGAGGAGGAGGAGGCUCGCGAGACGGCGCGGCGUGCGCGCCAGCCCCAGUCGGCGGCCUCGGAAGAGGACAUCCAGUCCGAGGACGAGGACGAGGACCCAGACCUCGCGAUCCUGCGCGACCGCCGCCGCCACCUUCGCGACAUCUUGCAGGUGCCGACGGCACGCUCCAAAGCCCCACGCUCACGACUCACUCGGAGCACGCACAACGUCGUUCCGGGGUAUACGAUCCUGGUUUUCGACACCAACGUGCUCCUUUCGGCGCUCGGCCACUUCUCCAAGGUUGUCGAAGGCGGUCAGUGGUCGGUCGUAGUACCGCUUCCAGUGGUGACCGAGCUGGACGGGCUCUCAAAGAGCCCCCCUCCUCUGGGCACCGAGGCGGCCGCGGCCGUCGCUUACCUCGAGGCGCGGAUCCGGACGCACGCGCUUUGCCUCAAGGUCCAGACGUCGCGCGGCAACUAUCUGACGGACCUGCUCAUCAGGGCCGAGACGCUCGACCUGCAUUCGCGUGACACGGCGCGCACAAUGGACGACAUGAUCCUCAACGUCGCUGCCUUCCAGCGCAACCACUUUGUCGACCGUAGCGGUCUUCUGGGCCAGGCGCGGCCGGUGGAAGGCGCGCCGACCCAAGUCUUGCUCGUCACCUUUGACCGUAAUCUGCGCCUCAAGGCGCGCGCGCUUGGCAUUGACGCGGCCGACGAGCGCGAGAUGGCCGCAAUAUUGGCCAAGUAG